CGUUGCUCCAUCCCACCCCUUCCCACCAAACAACAGUUGACUAAUUGAAGAUGUGAAUUUCUCAUCUUCUCCAUUCCUGGAUUCAAAUACCUGUCUUGUAUUAGUAACUGAAUUCUCCCGUUUGUUGUGCUGAGAGUGGGACUAGAGUCAUUCAUACACCAGGUCGCUUAAAAAGUUUUAGAUGCUCUUGUGAAAGGAAAGAAUGGGGUUGAGUGCUGUGUUUGGAGUGCCUGGUCCUGCUCUGGAUCAGAUGUUAGAUAGGACCUGCUUGGUGGCAUAAGACUGAACAUGGGCAGUGAACUAAGAAAUGUGAUGGAACCACUACAAAAUUUCUUAGAUAAUUGUUCUGUGACAACUGACACUGUAAGAGCCUGCUGAAAAGAUGAGAAUUUCGUGUUGCAUAAUUAAAGGAACCGGUGAAAUAGACCAUACAGUCAGUGAGCAGAAUGAAUCCUCUGUCCUUUAAAAUGUCUGGAAGCGGACCAUCAAAGCGGAAAUGCAUUUUUAUUUUCACACAAUUUCUUUCUGAGAGAGCAUGAGGUGCUGUGUAACUGUCUUGUGGACACUUUUGGUUAGAGAAGUUACUCUUCCUAUUUUUGUUUGCAGGCAUUUCCUAAGUUUAAACUUCCUUUAUUCUAAGAAAAAGAAGAUACAACAAGGGAAAGAGAUUACAAAAAUGUCUGAAAACAACUCUUAACUUUUUUAAUUCUGCUGGGUCAUUAAUUUUAAUGUUGAACUGAAGCAGCAGUUUUAACCAUUUUUGUUAUCAGAUACUAUAAGGUUUUAAGACAUACUGCCCACUUGUGGAAGAGUUACAAAUUUCAUUAUCUGGCAAAAGAAAAAAAGAAAAGAAGCGUUAUGGAAUUAAUUUAUACCCAAAGUACAAUUGCCUGUAAUAAAAAUAUGUCAAUGAAGAAUCAAACAUUACCAGGAAAAGGUGAAUAGUGCCUUUUGUCUUUCUGGCCGCUCCGUUGUCAUAUCUUUUUAUUUUACUGUUUUUGCUUUGUUAUUCUGAAAAUCAAUCAGGAGUAUAGCUGAAAACAGGUUAGCUAUUACAGCAUUAGAGUUUCCUACAAGGUAGUAUCAGAAUGAUUUUUUUGGUUUUUGUGUUUCAAAUGACCAGACCAAGAGUUUAUAUCUGCUCUCUGAUUGGGGUACUUUGUUAGCUGAGUACCUUCUGAAGAGCUGCUUGGUGGUUUCACUAUCAAAUACUUCCUCUAAAUGUCCUACAUGCAUCUGGAAAUCUUCCAGAUGAUUGAAAUAAUACAAGUCACAUUUUUAAAAGCCUAACUUUUAAAAGUGAAGAUAAUUGUCUUUCUUACAUCAGCAUACCAAUUCUGGACUGUUAGUAAUUUCUUCAUAUUGUUUGUAGUUCAGGGUGGUGUUUCUACUGUUUAGUAUGUGUCCUUCCUUAAUGUGGGGGAAAGAAGGAAGGGAGAGAAAGAUGGGACAUUUACUUAUGAAUCCUUGCUAUUCAUUUAUUGCCUAGCAUGUCUAUUUCAGUGAAAAAUGAAGGCAGUCUAGUAGCUACUGUAAUAUUUUUCUAGCUAGAUGUGUUCUAGACUGGUUUAAUCAUAGUCAGCCACGCACAAAAAAUUCCGCUAAAAGCUCACGAAGUGGGUCUCGUAUCGAACUUCACAUGUGUAGAUGCUUUGUGACACACAGGCUUUUGAAGCUUGGUGUGGAAGAGUUGGAUAUUUAAGAUUCCAAGAAAUCAAGUUAGAUUUAAGAUCCAAUAAAAAAUUCUGAGGGAGGGAGAGGGAGUACAAUUAGGCAGCUAUAUACUCCUGGAAAGCAAGAGUGUGGCAAGGUCAGCUGGCUCUCAUGAAAAAAAGUGAAACUGCUGAACUUCAUUUUGAGGCUUCAGUAUGGCUACUGAUAUUAGUAAUUGUGCCAUAGUGUGUUUUCUGCAGUACCUGGACAUGAAAUAAAGCUUAAACCAGUGAUGGACAUACAUGCUGUGAAGAUAUUUGCAUGGAUAAUAAAGUUUUGCAUUUUUGUACUACUGCCAUUCAAACAUUCAGUAAAAGCACUUGGCAAAUGCUAAUGAAUUUUUCCCACAGCAGAGGCAAAUACAUGACAGCCAGCGUUUUCCAGAUUUAAGUAUCUAAAAUUAGACACCAAAGUGUUUUUAGAACCCGUAAUAAAAAUGAUUGAAUUUUUACAACUGUAGAAUACUCACAGCUCUCUGCAAGUGGCUUCAUUACUCAUACAAAAUACAAGCAUUUGUGGAAGACAAAAGCCUCAUCCUGUUAAAGUUAAUUGCCAAGCUCUCAUUCUCAUUCAGGGAGUCUGUAUUUAGUUCCUUGGUUCUGGGGCAACAGCAGCUGGUGCUGUAUCACUGAGGCUGCUGCUAAGAUUUUUAAAACUGAUUCCAGUGGGAGUUUUGAACUGAUCUCUGAGGGUUGGGCCAUUACAGGUUAACUGCUCUGGUAAGUAAUUGUAUUUAUGCUUAUUUACAUCAUAUCAGUUUUCAGCCCCAUAGUCCACAAAAAGGAGAACAGCAGCAACAACAAAGUUGACCAUGCAUUUGUCAGCAAAAAAUAUAUUACAGUAGAGAGGGACCAAAGGCUUGCUGAAUUGCAACAAUGUCAGAUAAACAAGGAUGAAGUUAAAAAGUAGUUUAUAUUCUCAUUAAGAUAUGUACACAGGAUUAAGAAGCAAAAUUUAGAAGAAGUUGUAUAUAAUGCUAGCAAGCAAAACACAUCAGGAAGGGAGGGAGGAAAGCAAGAGUGAACCUCAAAUCAGCCCUCCUGACCUCCACAGAUAAGAAUCGGGUUGCUUAAAGAAGAACUUGCAUUUUAAAAUAUGAGCUUGAAAAAACUGCAUAUUUCUUAACCAGAACUCUGCUAGAGCUACGCAUGCUUUAACAACUCUUAAGAAAACUAGAUUGAUCUAGCAUCAAAAGUUUUUAAUUUUUUCCCGUCCUGAGGCAAUUUUUUUUUGGAUGCUUACUGGAUGUUUCACUCAUCCUAUUUUAACUCUUUAUGAAUCCCAGCCUUUUGGAUAACUUUGCCAGAUGCAACUUCCUUCCCAGACUGACCUGACCUGGAUACCCACCAUGCACAACAGCACGGCCGAAGCUCUGCACGCGGCUGCAACGCGUAACGAGACGUGGCCCAGCCAGUCGCCGAGCUCCGAGUUCUCACUGGGCGUGCUGGUGCUGCUGGCUUUCCUCAUGGUGUUGCUGUCGCUGGUGACCAUCCUUGGGAACAUCCUGGUGAUCCUUGCUUUCAUUAGGGACAGAAACCUCAGGCAUCGGAGUAACUAUUUCUUUCUGAAUCUUGCUGUUUCUGACUUUGCAGUGGGUGCAUUCUGCAUGCCCUUGUACAUCCCUUAUGCCCUGACAGGGACAUGGCACUUGGGAAGAAGCCUGUGCAAGCUCUGGCUGGUUAUGGACUAUCUUCUGUGCACAGCUUCAGUGUUUAACAUUGUCCUUAUCAGCUACGACCGUUUCCUGUCAGUUACAAAAGCUGUAUCUUACAGAGCCCGGCAGGGAAUAACAUCCAGCCCUGCCAUCAAGAUGGUGGCCAUCUGGGUCUUUGCCUUCCUGCUCUACUGCCCAGCCAUCCUGCUUUGGGAGCACGUGGCCGGACACAGCGUGGUAGCGGCGGAUCAGUGCUACGCCGAGUUCUUUGACAACUGGUACUUCCUGCUGUGUGCAUCCACCCUGGAGUUCUUUGUGCCGCUGCUCUUGGUGACCUACUUCAACAUGCACAUCUUCCACAACAUCCAGAGGCGCCAGCGGCGUGGCAGCGUGCAGGACUGUGAGCCUCCAAGGAGGAGCAGCUUAUCCUGGAGGUUUUGUGGCUUGCCGAGGCCAGGGGCUUCAUCUUCAUCAGAAGCAGAGGACAGUGUUUCAUCACUGUCGAGGUCAUGGAGACCAGCAGUGGUGGCUAAUGGUCCAUCUCGAACAGAAACCAGUUCUACAGCUCUCAAAAGGAACUUUUCUGCUUCUUUCUGUUCAAGCACUGGAUCAAAACUGCAGCGGGACAAGAAAAUAGCAAAGUCUCUUGCCAUAAUUGUAUGUGUGUUUACCAUUUGCUGGGCCCCAUACUCUUUAUUAAUGAUUAUCCGUGGGGCCUGCCAAGGAAAGUGCAUCCAUAGCUCCCUGUAUGAAGCAACUUUUUGGCUUUUGUGGAUCAAUUCCUCUUUGAACCCAUUUCUUUACCCUCUCUGUCAUUUGCGGUUUCGAAUGGCUUUUCUGAAAAUAUUAUGUCCCAAAAAGUUUGCGACAUUGAGAUCUGGUAACACACCUUCUUCUUAGAGAGGUGAUAUAAAUGUCUUACAGAUAAGGUUCCUCUGUUAUUUAGUGGUACCUUUUCAUAUGUGUCAUCAGCAUACACAGAGAAAAAACCCAUUUGUUUACUAAUGACAUUGGUUAAGAGUGCAGCAGAGUUAUGUAGUUGCCCUGAUAUUGCAAAUUUUCAGGAUCUCAUUUUUGGUGUUGCUGGUAUGAUGCCAGAUUAAUUACCAUCUAGUACAUUGAAAUGAAUAACAAUCUUUGCUGGAUGUCCUCUUGGUUUGUGGGUGUGUGUAUAUUUUUUCCUUCUUUUUUUUUUUCCCCCCUUUGUUUAAUAUAUAGAGCUGGCACUGUGAAAUAACUCUUCUAUCGCUAUCUCCAUAGAGUUACUGAAGGGAGAUACCUGCUCAUGUAUGUGUUGAAGUAAAAUUUAUGUCCUAUUUGUGAACCUAAAGCUACCAGUGAAGAAGCAAUUCUGCUAUAUUUUUAAAAGGUUGUAAAAGUACUCACAGAAGCAGUAUAUUUUCAUUUAAUAAAGUAUUAUGAAGACAAGAGAGUGCCCUCUCCUUCUUAUAAUCCCCACAGUGAGCAAAAUGCAAGUGAAUGGACUGCCUAACCUGCCAUAUCUGUCCUUUUCAAAUUUUAAUGUAGUUCCUACCAGGUGUUGCAGGACACAGUAUGUGCAAGUUGGUAAUUCUGAAUGAUUUUCAGAGAAUGAAAUUUUCCUUGGUAAGAGAAUUUUGAGAUUGGUUAUCCAAA